GUUUCAUCGCUCCCGACUUGCACCACUCAAGUCCAAUUAUUGCUAAUGGCGGGGGGGGGUUUACGGACCACGCGUAUUAUAAGCUAAUGUUAUCGCUUGCUAGCUGUCUAAGUUAAUAUUAAACUGGGGCUUUGAAACUAAUAAUCGCUGUGUUUGAAGCAUCUUGUAGGAUUAACAAGGCAAAUUAAUAACUGAACAGGGACUAGGGGACAUUGUACCUGUUAUCAUCAUGUGGCUUCACUCCGUUAACUACUUGAAACCUGCAUGAAACGGAGCAGGAAGACAGACUGAAAUAGGUUCAGUGGUGAUGUUUGCUCUGCUAAAUGCCUGUCUCAAAGCCACAACUCCAAAACUAAGGUUACGGCACAAAUGUUAGCCAAGUUAACGGGACGGAGGAAAUAUAGCUAGAGGCGUUAUAGGAACUUAGCCUUCAUUCAUUCAUUCUGUAAACCGUAGUUUCGUUGCCAAAAACUCUCCACAGUAUCACGACGCGGAAAUGAUUCCGUUAAAAUUAUCAGUGUUGCUAUUACUGUUAUCAGUACAUGUUACUCAAGUCAGCGGUGCCUCGAGACUAAAUAUCCCCAAGGUGUUGUUGCCUCUUGCUAGAAGUACAAGAAUUAACUUCACCUUGGAAAUAACUGAAGGUUGCUACAGAUGGUCUUCCACCAGACCAGAAGUAACAAGCAUCCAGACUCUGGAUGAAGAGAGCAGCAGGGGAUGCUCCAGGAGAGCUGUUCUCCAGGUGCUCUCCACCCAGCCCUCCAGACUGACCAGUAUCAUUCUGGCUGAAGAUGUUGUCACAGGACAGGUACUGCGAUGUGACGCUAUUGUCGACAUCAUCAGUGAGAUCCAGAUAGUGUCCACUACCAGAGAGUUGCAUCUUGAGGACUCUCCACUGGCUCUCAAAAUUCAUGCACUGGACUCUGAAGGAAACACCUUCAGCACACUUGCCGGUCUAGUAUUUGACUGGACCUUAGUGAAAGAUGUAGAUGUGAAUGGGUUCUCUGAUUCUUAUAAUUCAUUACGGGUACUUAAAUUCUCUGAAUCCACAUACACACCCCCUGGAUACAUAUCUGAAAUGGAGCGUGUUGGCAAGCAGGGUGAUAUUAUUUUGGUGUCAGGAUUGAAAACAGGACAUGCCAAGUUAAAGGCCAAAAUACAAGAGGCCUUAUACAAGGAUGUGGGUGCAGCAGAGGUGAGGCUGCUGAUUUUAGAGAACAUCCUGCUGAGUCCUGCACAUGAUGUCUACUUGCUGGCGGGAACUUCCAUCCGAUACAAAGUCCUGAAAAUAAGGCAGGGCACAAUCACAGAGCUGUCUAUGCCUUGUGAUCAGUAUGAACUGCACCUUCAGAACAGUAUAGUUGGCCCUAAUGGAAAUCCAGAUGUUGCUGUGGCCAGUCUGCACCAAAGCACCUCCACAGUUACAGCAGUUCAACUGGGACACAUCAAUGUGGUGCUGGAUCAUAAGAGCCUUCGAAUGCAAGGAGUGUCUCGCCUGCCCAACAGCACACUGUAUGUGGUUGAACCAGGCUACCUAGGUUUUAAAAUUUAUCCAGGAGACAGCUGGGUUCUUGAAACAGGCAGAGUGUAUGAUAUCCUCAUUGAAGUAUUUGAUAAAUCUGGCAAGAAAAUCUAUCUCUCUGAUAAUGUUCGUAUUGGCACUGGUUUCACAGCGGAGUACUUUGAGGUCCUGGAGUCUUCUCUGAAUGGCUCCUAUCACCGUGUCAAAGCACUCAAAGAAGGCCUAACUCUCAUUGAUGCUACCCUAACAGCUGUUGUGGAUGAAAGUGGAAGGGUUCAUGCACUCGCCAACCCGGUCCACAAUGAACAGGAUGUGGAAAUCUAUAAUCCUAUAGUCCUUAGUCCUAGUAUUCUUACAUUUCCAUGGCAGCCCAAGGUUGGAGCUUAUCAGUACACAAUAAAGGCGACAGGAGGGAGCGGCAAUUUUAGCUGGUCUUCCUCCAAUACAGCUGUUGCCACGGUGACGGUGAAAGGAGUGAUGACAACAGUCAGUGACAUCGGCAUCAGUGUAGUUUAUGCUCAUGACCUACGCAACCCGCUACACUUUGGCCAAAUGAAGGUGUACGUGGUUGAGCCUGUGGCCAUGGACUUUGCUCCGUGCCCAGUAGAAACCAGGGUGGGCCUGGUUCUGGAUCUGCCUCUAAGGAUUUUCGGCCUCCUGGAGGAGGUGGAGAAAGAGCGGGUCAUGUUGAGUGACUGCUCCCACUUUGACCUGCAGGUUGAGGAGGAGAACCAUGGUGUCUUCCAACUGCUAGAUGGGAAGCUGGCUCCAGGCCAGGACCACUGCAGUGGGGUGAGAGCCAAAGCCCUGGCCCCUGGGUACACCAUACUAACUGUCAGCUACACCCACGGCCACGUUCACCUCAGUGCCAAGAUCACCAUUGCUGCCUAUCUUCCUCUCAGAGCGAUUGACCCUGCAUCUGUGGCCGUGGUGACUCUGGGUUCAUCUAAAGACAUGCUGUUUGAUGGCGGACCUCGGCCUUGGGUUUUAGAACCCUCAAAGUUCUUCUGCAACUUGAACGCUGAGGAUGAGGCCAGCGUGACCCUCACACUGACGAGCCCCUCAUCUCACAACUAUAACCAACACUGGGUUAGAGCAACAUGCAGGGCCUUGGGAGAGCAGGUGCUGGAGGUGAUGGUGGGGAACAAGGCCUGUGUGACCAAUCCUUAUCCUGCUGUGGAACCAGCAGUGGUCAAGUUCGUAUGUGCUCCUCCAUCUCGCCUGACUCUGGUCCCGGUGUAUACCAGCCCACAGCUGGACCUGACCUGCCCGCUGCUACAGCAGAACAAACAAUUGGUGCCUGUUUCAAAUUACCGCCACCCCAUUUUGGACUUGGCUGCUUUUGAUCAACAAGGAAGGAAGUUUGACAACUUCAGCUCUCUGAGCUUGUUGUGGGAAUCAACAAAGGUGUCACUGGCCAGUAUUGAACCCACUGUGCCUAUGGAGCUGCAGCAGUUUGCAGAUAGCAACAAACAGAUGAAACUUCAUGGACGUCAGACAGUUCUUGUCCAUCAUCAGACAGGCAUUGCUGCCAUUACCGUGACAGCUCUGGGUUACCAGGAUUCACAUCCAGCAGCAGCCAAAGUUCUCAGUCCACAUGGUUCCUUCACCCCUGUGUCAGCCACUCUGGAGCUUCUGUUGGUUGAAGAUGUGAAAGUUUCUCCUGACACAGUCACCAUAUACAAUCACCCAGAUGUGCGGGCGAACCUUGCCCUGCAAGAGGGUUCAGGGCACUUUUUUGUCAAUACUAGUGUUAAAGGGAUAGCAGACGUUAUAUUCCAGGAGACCCAUGGAACAGCUCAGGUUUCUCCCAUCCACCCAGGAGUGGUGAAGGUGAUGGUUCAUGACCUUUGUCUGGCAUUUCCAGCACCUGCCAAAGCCACAGUGCAUGUUUCUGACAUCCUGGAGGUUUAUGUGAGGGUAGUUGACAAGGUGGAGAUCGGCAAAUCUGUGAGAGCCUACGUCAGAGUCUUGGAUGAUAACAAGAAGCCCUUCCCAACCAGCUAUUUCCAUUUUAUGAAUCUAAAACUCAAGGCAGCUUCUGAAAUAGUCUCACUGAAACUUUUAGCAGAGUUGGCAGAAAAUGAUACAGCUGUUUUCCUGGUUAAAGGUAUUUCUAUUGGUCAGACUACCCUGUCAGCUGCUGUUGUGGACAAAAAUGGGAGAAAAAUUACAUCCCCACCUCAGCAAAUUGAGGUUUUUCCACCAUUCAGACUCAUCCCAAGGAAGAUGACUCUGCUAAUUGGAGCAAUGAUGCAGAUCACAUCUGAAGGUGGCCCACAGCCGCAGUCCAAUAUCCUUUUCUCUAUUUCCAAUGAGGAGAUCGCUUCCGUUAACGGCAUGGGCCAUGUCAGGGGUAUUGCCAUUGGUAAUGUCACAGUGACUGGGCUGGUCCAAGCUGUUGAUGCAGAAACUGGGAAGCUAGUCGUCGUAUCUCAGGAUCAAGUAGAGGUUGAAGUUGUGCUUUUGACUGCCAUUCGAAUCAGAGCACCUAUUACAAGAAUGAAGACAGGAGCACAGAUGCCUGUAUAUGUGAUGGGUGUGACCAAUAGUCAGACACCCUUCUCCUUUGGCAAUGCUUUACCUGGACUCUCUUUCCACUGGUCCACCAGCAAAAGAGACAUUCUAGAUGUUCAAUCAAGACACUCAGAGGCAAAUGUGGAGCUCCGCCCAGAGCACAACUUUGGCAUGAGAGUGACUGGAAGAACUAGAGGGCGGACAGGGCUAAAGGUGGUGCUCAGAGUUGCUGACCCCAGGGCUGGGCAGCUAGUAGAGCAUCUGCAGGAGCUCCGAGAUGAGAUCCAGAUCCAGGUCUAUGACAAGCUGCAGAUGCUUAAUCCUGAAGUAGAGGCUGGGGAGAUACUGAUAGCUCCGAACUCAGCCCUCCAACUCCAAACUAACAGGGAUGGUGUGGGUAUGCUCUUGUACCGGAUGCUGGAUUCCCCUGACCAAGUUAUCAUCGCUCAAGUAGAUGAUAAGGGCUUUCUUUCCUCUGGCUCUCUCACUGGCAUCUCCUCUCUGCUCAUCACUUCGCAAGAGACCUUUGGUGUCAAUCAAACUCUCAUUCUUUCUGUGAAGGUCGUGCCUGUGUCAUAUGUGCGCUUCAGUACCAGUCCAGUCCUUUACACCCACACCAGAGAGAGCCCGAAAGCAUUCCCCCUGGGCACAGUACUCAGCUUCACUGUCCAUUUUCAUGCCAGCACUGGGGAGGCCCUACACAGCUCCAACUCUCACCUUAUAUUUUCCACAAACAGAGAUGACCUGGUGCAGGUGGGGGUUGGGCCUGGUAACCACACCCUGACGGUGAGGACGGUCAGUGUAGGCCUUACCCUUCUUGCAGUGUGGGACAGUGAAAACACGGGUGUGGCGGACUACAUCGCGCUUCCUGUCGAGCAUGCUAUUAACCCACCUGACACCCACAUACUGGUGGUGGGAGAUGUUGUUUGCUUCUCUGCCCAGAUAACAAGCCCAGAUGGUGCUCGUGGUGCUUGGAGCUCCUCAGCUAAUGGUGUUCUUCAGGUGGACUCUAAAAGUGGUGCAGCUGUAGCAAGAGACUCUGGGACAGUUACUGUGUACUAUGAAAUCCCUGGUGUUUUGAAAACCUACAGAGAGCAGGGAACCUGUUCCUCUGCGCAGACUGAAGCGAUUUCUCAGCUGCAGCCAGAAACCUCUCUCAGCUGCCAUCUCAGCUUCACCAGUGACGCUAUUGACUUUCCUGCUAGUGAUGUCCUCAAAACACACAUAAGCUUUGACCACAACAUUGGCCUCUACACAUGUUCAUUGACCUUGCAGCCAGUGACCGACCAACAGACCCGUGUGCUCAGCAUGUCCAUGACUAACCUGCUGGUGAAGGCAGGCUUGAAGGGCAGUGCCUUUGCUGGGGAACAAGUCGGCACCAGGCUGCCCAUAGAGCCAGGCCUCUACUGCGACCAGACUGAGCUGCUGCUCUCCAGCCUGCAUCCAUCAGCUGAGCUCACAGUCUAUGGCCCCACUGCCGCCCUGUACAACAUGAAGGUGGUGUCUACUUCACCCAACAUUGCUGUCCAAGAGAAGGAGGUACACCAUGGUGUUCCUAGCUUCUCAAAGUACGCCGUCAGUGCUGUGGACCCUCACGCAGCAGUUUCUGCUUCCGUUUCUAUAAGCAGCACCUCCUCCGGCCAGCGUCUCAUCAUCCCAGUCACUUUGAUUCACGUGGCUGAUCUCAACACCAUGCAAGCUGCUUCUCCGCUUGUUAACAUGGAAGGGGCCUACUCCCUGCACAGCUUCAUAAACAGCUACCAGAUGAUGUUCUUCACCCUGUUCGCUCUGCUGGCAGGGACAGCUAUCAUCAUCAUCGUUCUCCACACAAUGUUCUCUCCAAGGGAACAAACUUAUCACCCUGCUUUCAUCCAGAGGACGCCACCACCAGUGUCAGGAUUAGACUCUUCAAUGGUGAAUUCCUUCAACCGCAUGAUACCCAGACCUGACCCCAACAGCAGCCCAAGGUCGCGUCUCUAUUCUCCAGACUACAAGUCCUGAUAAAGCCCUCUGUCUGGUCACUGUUUCUCAGAAGCAGAACCCCACAAGUGGUUACUGCAUAUCAAAUGUGCCUGUCCCUCAGGAUGAAUGCUGUGGGAUGUGAAUGCAAAAUCAGUUUAGUUCUUUUCAUGCUGGUACAGAUGCUUAAAGAAGCUUCCUUUUCAGUAUAGAUAAUCAAGUUAAGAGAUGCAAGAUGAUAACGGGACUAUUUACUUUGUGUGUACAUGUGUGGAAACAGGUUUAUAUGAAUGCCAUUUGUAAUGGAUUUUAUAGAAGACCACCUGGUUAUAAACUAUGUUUGAAGAAUUUUGAAGAGUGCUUACAAACCAAAUCACUAGCUUGUUAAAAUGGUUGCUUGUUGUUUUGAUAUUUACUUGUGUGCUACUUAUAUUUGACUUGUGAAAUGUUGUAACUCAGGAUGAACCACAUUCUUGUAUGACUGAAAGCAAACAUUAACUUGAAAGCGUUGGCAUUUCGUGAAACCUUUAUCCACUGAAUACAUCCUCUUAGGUGAUGAACCCUUCAAAUGUGCAUAACCUGGAAAAGGCUGCUCUAGAUCUCUCGUGGGCAUUUUGUUAGAGGGAAGUGGAACUUCCCAGUUCGUCAACAUGGCUGAGCUUUUGAGCCACAGUACAUGCAGCUCCUGCCUAAUUCAUUAAUGUGAAACAGUUAAGAAAUGUGAGUCAUUAUUCAGUUUUUAUCUCAGUGUUGUAAAAAAAACAAGCAAAUGUGACCUGGUCUCAUUUCUGAAAAUGUUAAAUUUCUUUUGUUUCUGACCUGCUCACAUUCCAGAAGGAGAUCACUGUAGCACUGAACUGCUGGGAUGUGAGCGUGUGACUUUGUUUAAAUUAGAUAUUUUUGUAUUUGAAUGAAAGUGUUGACAAGAACUUUUUUAGUUAGCUAGUAACUAUUUACUGUGUGAUGUUGAAAAGGCUUCAGCACUGUUUUUAUUUUGAGAUUCAGUCAUGCCUUACCAUUAUAUAAUUUACAGCACAUAACAAGCUUGUUUGUUUGAGUGAAUGUUUUUGCCUUUGCUAAUUAAAGUUUUUAUUUUUUA